AUGCCAGUACCCGAAGGAUACUCGACCGUUCCCCUGGCCCUGCUUGACAGUACGGUUGGAAACACCGACAUUGUGGCAAGCGUCAGCCUGAUCUUUCGGCAGCGGCUGGAUCUGGCCAAACUCGAAGACAGCUGGUACAAGCUGGUACGAGCAUGGCCGCUCAUAGCUGCGCGUGUCCGCACGAGCAAACAAGCUCUCAGUGGCCUCGAGUACCUCGUACCUGCUCCUGCCAAGCUCGACCAACUCGAAGCGGAAAGCCGCAAAGCGACCGACCCCCUGCGCAAGCUGAUUGUCACGCGUGAUGUGUCGGACCGCUCGAUUAGCACCUACAGCAACUUCAGCCACAAGAUUGUUCUGGACCAGCUGACUGACAUCAGUCUGGGCGUGGGCCCCAAUGUUAAAUUCACUAGCGAGCUCACCCGGAUCAACGCCUGCCAGACCUUUGGCCAGCUGUUGCACUCGGACCAGUCGUUCAUGACGGCUCAAGCAACGCUGUUUAGUGAUGCAACCAUCAUCACGGUCUCGACCAGUCACAUUAUGGGCGAUGGCUUCGGACUCUUGCAGGUCUGGAAAGGCUGGGCCAACAUCCUGAAAGGGUUCGUCCCCGAUCCACUUCAAGAGCUUGGCAAAGAUCCGUUCAUCGAGUACUAUGGCCCCGAAGGCCCGCUCUCGAAGAACCCGGAUGGAACUCCGCUUCCGGAUCCGAGAGGCUGGUACAAGUACGGUCUGACAGACAAGAUUCAAUUUGCGGGGAGAGCGUUAUGGGAUCUGCACGUAGCACGGCCGGAAUCGACGGUAAAGCAGUACUACGUCUAUCUGCCCGAGGAAAGGGUGCAGCAGCUGGUGCGCCGGGCACAGAACGAGCUGGAUGCUCAUCUGGAGGCCACUGCCCCGCUUACCAACUCUACGUCGGACAAGUACAGCGGAGCAGUUGCUGGUCCCAAGGUCAAGCUCAGCCGGCUCAACGUGCUGUUUGCCUGGCUCAUCCAGAACACACAGGUAGCUCGAAGGAACCAGAAUCGCCGGAGCACGGUGCUGGCCAUUUGCAACACCAAGGGCAGACCGCCAGUUGGCUAUCGUCCAGAGAUGCAUCCAGCGCACCCAUUCUGGGGAGGAGCGGUGGCGUUCCCUGUGCAGCCGCGCACGUCGGCCGAGUUUGUCGCCAUGCCACUCGGACUGCUGGCGCUGCACAUUCGAGAGUCGAUCAGCGACAUGUCGACGCCCGAGAACGUCCAGGCGGCGUUGGUCAUGUCGCUCAACAACCACCUCUGGAAGAAUCGCAAGAACGCGGCGUCUCUGUACCUGUUUGCAAAGCCGGGCGACUACUGGUCUGGCAUGACCGACUGGCGGCCGAUGAAGUUUGGCGACAUCGACUUUGGUGGAGCGCUACCCUCCGGGGGACAGGCGGACGCCGAGGCGGCGCAAGAGGAGCUCAAGCCUUGCACCAUCAACGUGGACAUGACGUCGACCGGCUCGAAGCGUGACCGGUGGUCAUUGAUGGGAGAUGCCGGAAAAGGGUGCUGGUUCACCGGCUUCAUGACACACGAAGAGGCGACCCACCCUAAGGGAUUUGGUCGAUUCCCACUGUACGAGUGA